GAUAUUCAUUGAUUGAUUUCAUUCACUUUCUUGAGCCAUUUGAGCGCCUCCCUUUUUUCUCGGGCAAAGCUUUUGCAGCAAUCAAGCCGCCCAUCCACCAUCCCACACAGAGACUCUGAAAAGAUAAGGAGAGAGAAAAUGUACAUUUGAGGAGAGGGAUAUAAAAGAUUAUUAGGGCAUGUGUUUUGUUUGUUAAUAUAUAUUUUGGUUCCUUCUUAUUUAACUUUACUUUCUUCUCUAUUUUUCCAUUACUAGCUAUACUCCACCUUUUCCUUCCCUAUUUUCGCUUCCUCGGGAUCCGAUCUCUCUCUCUCUCGGACUAAGUACAACAGCAGUUUGGAGGGGGGGGGGAUCAAUUAGUUCUAUUCCCAAGGAUUUGCUUUCUUUGUUUCUUGUUUGUUUGUUUGUUUGCUGUCUGUUGUUCCUUUCUUUCUGUGCUUCUUUUUUGUCUGCUUCAGUGGGAUUUUUCACAAACAAAAAGUUAAAGGGUGACGAAAGAAAGCCUUGCUUUUUCUUGUCUUGUCGCCUUCUCUGUAAGCUGAUUGGUGAUUGGAUACGAGGUUUAUGGUUCAUCAACCAGAUCUGCGUGCAGCAAUUCUAACUUCCAUAGGGUCACUGUGUACCAGAUUACCAAGAAGAAUAUGGAUACGCUUUCACAUGUACCCCCGGGCUUUCGAUUCCAUCCCACAGAUGAAGAACUUGUUGAUUAUUAUCUUAGAAAGAAGACUGCUUCGAAACCAAUUGAUUUUGAUGUCGUCAGAGAUGUUGAUCUCUAUAAGAUUGAGCCGUGGGAUCUUGAAGAUUUGUGCAAAAUAGGAAGUGGUGAUCAGAAUGAAUGGUACUUCUUUAGCCAUAAAGAUAAGAAGUACCCUACCGGACAUCGAUCAAAUAGGGCAACAAAAGCCGGGUUUUGGAAAGCUACAGGAAGAGAUAAGGCUAUUUACAGAGGAAAAUUCCUCGUUGGCAUGAGAAAGACCUUAGUGUUCUACAAAGGCCGUGCUCCAAAUGGACAGAAGUCAGAUUGGAUCAUGCAUGAAUAUCGAUUAGAAACUAGUGAAAAUGGAACUCCCCAGGAAGAAGGAUGGGUUGUGUGUAGAGUAUUCAAGAAAAAAUUGCCAACAGUGAAGAGAAUGGGAGAUUACGAGUCACCAAAUUGCUAUGACCAAGUCCCAUUCAUUCAACAACUUGAUAACUCUCCAAGAACAUCAAUUUCCCACACUUACGUAUCAUCACAAUAUCAGCAGCAGCUACACUAUUCACAAUGCAAGCCAGAGCUUGAUUUGCAGUACAACAUGCCACAUCAUCAUCAUGACUCUUUUCUCCAGCUCCCUCAAUUGGAAAGCCCCAAAGUUCCUCAUCAACCAGCUAUCCCAUAUGGUAAUUAUGUUAUUCAGUCUUCCACAGUACUCACACAAGAGGAGCAAUUGCAUUAUUUCUGCCAGCAAAAUCCUUUCAACUCAUCUGCGUCAUCAUCAGGACAUACGCAUUACAACAACACUGAUUAUCUACAAGCUGUUGAUCAAGUGAAGGAUUGGCAAGCCCUUGACAAGUAUGUUGCAUCACAGCUCAGCCAUGACCAGCAAGAUGCUUCCAAGGAAGUCACAAAUUACUCCAAUGCAGAAGAAACAUUUCAUGUGGCUGAACACAUUAAUAUGCUUGCGAAUGAAGCUUCCAGAAGGCCAGACUAUAAUAAUAAUGGACAGGAGUACUAUGCCUCAACAUCAACCUCUAGUUGCCAAAUUGAUCUCUGGAAAUGAUCAAGAACAUGAAUAUUACAGUAACUAUUAGCCACUACAUGAUACUAAUUAAUCGUAGGAGGCACACUUUAAAUGGAUCGAUGCUGUACAUAAGAAAACACAAUUAUGGUGUUAAUUUUACCUAUUCGACUUUAAAUUUGUGACUUUUUGUGUUGACGAAUACUAGGGCAACUAGGGUGACCAGUUAUAUGUUUAAUUACAAAAUAACUUAGUGAAUCAAUUUCAAACCA